AGCAAAACAAGUUUCAGAGAUGAGGCUUGUUAUUAUUCUCUGCUCAAUCUUUGUUUUUUACUUCUUUCUAAAAGCAACACUAGCAUUAGGGGAAACUACUAAUACGACUACGACAAAGCUGUGGCAUAAUGAGAAUGAUAUGGAUCAUAAAGUUAUACCAAUAGAUGUGGGUUUGAUCAUAGAAGACAAAGAUUGGAUUGGGAAGAUGAGUUAUGAGUGCAUAAAAAUGGCGUUAUCUGACUUUUAUGCUACUCAUCGUCAUUACAAAACUAGGCUCGUUUUACAUACUAGAGAAUACAAGCAUCAUGAUGUUGUUAGUGUUGCUGCUGCUGGCCUUCAUCUGAUUCAAAAUGUUCGAGUGAAGGCAGUAAUAGGGCCACUUACAUCAAGCGAGACCCAAUUUGUGAUAAAUCUUGGGACUAAGUCUCAAGUACCCAUCAUCUCAUACUCUGCAACAAGUCCUUUCCUUUCCUCCCGUGGAAGUCCUUACUUCAUCCGAGCUACCCAAAAUGACGUUACUCAAGUACGAGCAAUAGGGGCACUUAUCCAAGCAUUUUGCUGGAAAGAAAUCGUGCCCAUACACGAAAACGAUGAAUAUGGUCAAGGCAUUAUGCCUGAUUUGGUAGACAUGUUACAAGGCAUCAACACGCGCAUGCCAUACCAAAGUGUCAUUUCUUCACGUGAAAUAACCGACGAUGAAAUAUUGAAAGAGUUGUACAAGUUGAAAUCAAUGCAAACAAGGGUGUUCCUAGUUCAUUUGUGGCCUAAUCUUGGAGUUAGGUUGUUCCUUAAAGCUAAAGAGGCAGGGAUGAUAAGUGAAGACUAUGUUUGGAUUUUAACUAAUGGGAUGGUUGAUUUACUUGGAAGUUUUGAUGCUAAUGUGCUUGAAUCAUUGCAAGGUGUAUUGGGUGUUAAGACGUAUGUGCCGAGGACCCAAAAGCUCGACAAUUUUACUAUUCAGUGGCUAAUGAAAUCUGAGCUCAAGCAUCAUCACCUUAAUGUGUAUGGUUUAUGGGCUUAUGAUGCUAUUUAUGCAUUAGCUAAAGCAGCAGAGGAAGUUGGUAUGAGUAGUUUAAACAAUCUAGUUACUCCAAAGAAGAAUAGUUUAACUGAUCUAAAUGAUAUCAGAGUCUCUAACAUUGGGCCAAAGCUUCUCCAAGCAGUAUCACAAACUAGAUUCAGAGGUCUUGCAGGAGAGUUUAGCCUUGGCGAAGAAGGGGAACUGAUGGAUGCAUCAACAAUAUAUCAAAUCAUAAAUGUUGUUGGUAAUGGAUGGAAAGAUGUUGGAUAUUGCAAGGCAGAAAAUGGACUUAUAAAAGACCUAAAAAGCUUGUCUAGAGGUUAUUCGACAUCGAAGACUAAUCUAAAAGCUAUCAUAUGGCCAGGAGACAGUUUGUCUGUUCCUAAAGGUUGGGUUAUUUCUGCAAGUGAGAAGAAGCUCAGAAUUGGAGUUCCUGUAAAGUUUGGUUUUACUGAAUUCAUAGGUGUUGAAAACAGUCCUGAAAGUAACACUACCCAAGUCACUGGUUACUGCAUCGAUGUUUUCAAUGCUGUUAUGGCGAAACUUCCUUACUAUGUUUCCUACGAAUUCAUUCCUUUCAUGGAAAUGAAGAACAUUGCCUUAAAUUCUUAUAACGAUUUAACGUACGAGGUUUAUCUUGGGAAUUAUGAUGCGGUGGUUGGAGAUGUGACCAUAGUAGCAAACAGGUCAAUAUAUGUAGAUUACACACUCCCAUUUACUGAAUCUGGUGUGACCAUGGUAGUUCCAAUGAGCAAGAAUUUAAAAACCAAAGCAUGGUUGUUCAUGAAGCCAUUAACUUGGGAUCUCUGGGUUAUGACUUUAUGCUUCUUUGUGUUUAUUGCUUUCAUUAUUUGGGUUCUUGAACACCGUGUAAACAAAGAGUUUCGAGGCCCUCCUUUAUAUCAAGCAGGCACCACACUUUACCACUCUUUCUCAACCAUGGUAUUUGCACAUAGUGAGAAUGUGUUGAGCAACUUAGCGAGGUUUGUAAUGGUGGUAUGGAUAUUUGUGGUGCUCAUUCUUACACAAAGCUACACAGCAAGUUUGACAUCAAUGUUAACGGUCCAGCAGCUAAAACCUGAAGUCCAAGAUGUGAAAGAACUGAUAAAGAAAGGCGAGCCAGUGGCAUAUCAGCAGGGUUCAUUUGUCCAAGGACUCUUGAAACAGAUAGGUUUCAAAGAAGCGCAGCUAAAAUCGUACAAAGGAUGCGAGGAAUUAGACGAGUUACUGUCAAAAGGAAGCAAAAAUGGGGGUGUUGCAGCAGUUUUUGAUGAGAUUCCAUAUAUGAGGCUUUUCCUUGGAAGUUAUUGCCAUAAGUACUCAAUGGUUCAACCAACUUACAAAACUGGUGGUUUUGGCUUUGUAUUUCCGAAAGGCUCUCCUCUUGUACCUGAUGUAUCGAGAGCUAUAUUAAGUGUAGCUGAAGGGGAAAAGAUGGUGGAAAUUGAGCGAGAAUGGUUUAAUGGAGAAGACAGUUGUGAAAAUGCUAGCAACAAGGUUUCUUAUGAUCAUUACAAUCUUGGACUAGAGAGCUUUUGGGGUUUGUUUCUGAUAGCUGGACUAGCAGCUACUUCCGCUUUGGUGAUUUUCCUACUGGAGUUCUUAUAUAAGCAUCGAUGUAUAUGGACGGAAAAUGACAGUUCAGUUUGGUGUAAAAUUAAAGAAACAGCGAAGAUCUUUGAUGAGAUGGAUCCGUCAUCUCAUAAGUUGAAGAAGAAUCUUGGAAAGAGUUGUAAUGGUAAUGACAAUAAACGGGUUGAUGAUGGACCUGAAAGUAUGCAUAAUACAAACUGCCCUCCUAGUCCAUUGAGUGUUUUGAGUGAAUAGAUUAGUCUAUUAAUACUACUAGACUAGAACAUUAUUAGUCCAUUAGCUUGUCUGCUGUAUAAAAUGAUUACAUAAAUUCUUCUGAGAUAAAACAUUACAAAUUGGGUCUAGAUUGUACUGUAUUAGUAUUAUGUAGAUAACUCCAUUACAGUCUAAUCUCAAACAGAUAUGAAUAUAAUGUUGUAGCAUAUAGCUUCCUGAUUAUAAUUGAU